CCACUUCCGGCGCGUUGGGGCUGUUGGUCGGGGGCGGUCGCGCGGUACUAGCGGGUGACUCCAGGGCGGGCGCGCGCGGGGAUGCUCUGGGGGGCGGCGGCGGCGGUCGUGUGGGUUGAGGCUGCGUGGACAGCGCGGGCCCCCGGGCCUCUCCCCUGAGCCGGCCGCCUGGGCCGCGCAGUCGAGGCCCGUCAGCCUCCGCCCGUUCAGCCUCGGGGCCGGGCCCGCCGCCACCUCUGCUCGCGGAGGCCGGGGAGCCCCUGCCUGGGCCCGCAGCCUCCCCCGCGGGGGUCGGGCCCGGGCGGGGGUCCCGAGCCGCUGCCCUCCUCGCCGGCAUCCGAGCCUCAUUUCCUGCUUUUUCAGUUUCCUUGGGGAGGGGCGGGUGGGUCUGGAUGAAUUGUCUCGGGGGCCCCCGAUGAGGCGACCCGGGCGGCCCUGCCCUUUUUAGAGGGCCCCCUCGGGGCCCGGUGGGGAAGGGGUUGUCUUUGCAUGGGUGGGGGACUUCCCGAGUCUGCCGGGACCAUGACCUGAACUGUGCGAGCGGGACGUGUCCGAAGCCCAAGAACCAGCUCAUCUGAGCCGCCCCCUCCCCGGCCAGCAUGGCAUCUGAAGAAGCCUCUCUCAGGGCAUUGGAAAGUCUGAUGACAGAAUUUUUUCACGAUUGUACGACCAAUGAAAGAAAACGUGAGAUAGAGGAGCUUCUUAACAACUUUGCCCAGCAAAUAGGAGCCUGGAGAUUCUGCCUGUACUUUCUCUCCAGCACUAGGAAUGACUAUGUAAUGAUGUACAGUUUAACAGUUUUUGAGAAUCUGAUCAAUAAAAUGUGGCUUGGGGUCCCAUCUCAGGAUAAGAUGGAAAUCCGUAGCUGCCUGCCCAAACUCCUUUUGGCUCACCAUAAAACCUUACCUUACUUUAUCCGGAACAAGCUCUGCAAAGUUAUUGUUGAUAUUGGACGUCAGGAUUGGCCCAUGUUCUACCACGACUUUUUUACUAACAUUUUACAGUUGAUCCAGUCCCCUGUGACAACCCCCCUUGGGCUGAUCAUGUUGAAGACAACUUCAGAAGAGCUGGCUUGUCCCCGUGAGGACCUCAGUGUGGCUCGGAAGGAGGAGUUGCGGAAGCUGCUACUGGACCAGGUGCAGACAGUGCUUGGGCUACUGACAGGUAUCUUGGAGACUGUCUGGGACAAACACAGUGUUACUGCUGCCACUCCACCACCAUCCCCGACCUCAGGAGAAAGUGGUGACCUACUGAGUAACCUGUUGCAGAGUCCCAGUUCAGCCAAACUGUUGAAUCAGCCGAUUCCCAUCCUUGAUGUGGAGAGUGAGUAUAUCUGUUCCCUGGCUUUGGAGUGCCUGGCCCAUCUCUUCAGUUGGAUUCCUCUGUCUGCCAGCAUCACCCCAUCCCUCCUUACCACCAUCUUCCACUUUGCGCGAUUUGGCUGUGACAUCCGGGCCAGAAAGAUGGCGUCAGUUAACGGCAGCAGCCAGAACUGUGUCUCGGGUCAGGAGCGCGGCCGGCUGGGGGUCCUGGCCAUGUCCUGCAUCAAUGAACUCAUGUCCAAGAACUGUGUGCCUAUGGAAUUUGAGGAGUAUUUACUGCGUAUGUUCCAGCAGACUUUCUACCUCCUGCAGAAAAUCACCAAGGAUAACAAUGCCCACACAGUGAAGAGCAGGCUAGAAGAGCUCGAUGAGAGCUAUAUCGAGAAGUUUACUGACUUUCUUCGGCUCUUUGUGAGUGUUCACCUAAGAAGAAUCGAGUCUUACUCCCAGUUCCCUGUGGUGGAGUUUUUGACACUUUUGUUCAAGUACACAUUUCAUCAGCCUACUCAUGAAGGUUACUUCUCUUGUUUGGAUAUCUGGACGCUCUUUUUGGACUAUCUGACAAGUAAAAUUAAAAGUCGUCUUGGAGACAAGGAAGCAGUUCUCAACAGGUACGAAGACGCCCUGGUGCUCCUCCUCACAGAGGUGUUGAAUCGAAUCCAGUUCAGAUACAACCAAGCCCAGCUGGAGGAGUUGGAUGACGAGACUCUGGAUGACGAUCAGCAGACGGAGUGGCAGCGGUACUUACGGCAGAGCUUGGAGGUGGUGGCCAAAGUGAUGGAGCUCCUGCCCACGCAUGCCUUCUCCACACUGUUCCCUGUUCUUCAGGACAAUUUAGAAGUUUAUUUGGGAUUACAACAGUUUAUAGUCACUUCAGGGUCAGGACACAGGUUGAACAUCACAGCGGAGAACGACUGCCGGCGGCUGCACUGCUCCCUGAGAGACUUGAGCUCCCUGCUACAGGCCGUGGGCCGCCUGGCCGAGUACUUUAUUGGGGAUGUGUUUGCUGCACGGUUCAAUGAUGCCCUCACAGUCGUGGAGAGGUUGGUCAAAGUCACUCUGUACGGAUCUCAGAUAAAAUUGUACAACAUUGAAACUGCUGUGCCAUCAGUAUUGAAACCUGACCUCAUUGAUGUGCAUGCUCAGUCCCUGGCUGCGCUGCAGGCUUACUCUCACUGGUUAGCACAGUAUUGCAGUGAAGUUCACCGGCAGAACACGCAGCAGUUCGUGACACUCAUCUCUACUACCAUGGAUGCAAUCACACCUCUAAUCAGCACCAAGGUCCAAGACAAGCUGCUGCUAUCUGCGUGCCACUUACUGGUCUCACUGGCCACCACCGUGCGACCCGUCUUUCUGAUCAGCAUCCCUGCAGUGCAGAAAGUAUUCAACAGAAUCACUGAUGCUUCUGCCAUGCGACUUGUCGAUAAGGCCCAGGUGUUGGUGUGCCGAGCCCUCUCUAACAUCUUGCUGCUUCCGUGGCCAAACCUUCCAGAGAAUGAGCAGCAGUGGCCUGUGCGCUCCAUCAACCACGCCAGCCUCAUCUCUGCACUCUCCCGGGACUAUCGCAACCUGAAGCCCAGUGCUGUUGCCCCACAGAGAAAGAUGCCACUGGAUGACACCAAACUGAUUAUCCACCAGACACUCAGCGUCUUAGAAGAUAUUGUGGAGAAUAUCUCGGGGGAGUCCACCAAGUCUCGACAGAUUUGCUACCAGUCGCUGCAGGAAUCCGUUCAGGUCUCCCUGGCCCUCUUUCCAGCUUUUAUCCAUCAGUCAGAUGUGACUGAUGAGAUGCUGAGCUUCUUUCUUACUCUGUUUCGAGGCCUUAGAGUACAGAUGGGUGUGCCUUUCACUGAGCAAAUAAUACAGACUUUCCUCAACAUGUUUACCAGAGAGCAGUUAGCCGAGAGCAUCCUCCACGAGGGCAGCACGGGCUGCCGGGUGGUGGAGAAGUUUCUGAAGAUCCUGCAGGUGGUGGUCCAGGAGCCAGGCCAGGUGUUCAAGCCCUUCCUCCCCAGCAUCAUCGCCCUGUGCAUGGAGCAAGUGUAUCCCAUCAUUGCCGAGCGUCCCUCCCCUGAUGUGAAGGCUGAGCUGUUUGAGCUCCUUUUCCGGACGCUCCAUCACAACUGGAGGUACUUCUUCAAGUCCACCGUGCUGGCCAGUGUCCAGAGGGGGAUCGCUGAGGAGCAGAUGGAGAAUGAGCCCCAGUUCAGUGCCAUCAUGCAGGCUUUCGGACAGUCCUUUCUCCAGCCCGACAUCCACCUUUUUAAACAAAAUCUCUUCUACUUGGAGACUCUCAACACCAAGCAGAAGCUGUACCACAAGAAGAUCUUCCGGACUGCCAUGCUGUUCCAGUUUGUGAACGUGCUGCUCCAGGUCCUGGUCCACAAGUCCCAUGAUCUUCUGCAGGAGGAGAUUGGCAUUGCCAUCUACAACAUGGCCUCAGUCGACUUUGAUGGCUUCUUUGCCGCCUUCCUCCCAGAGUUCCUGACCAGCUGUGAUGGCGUGGAUGCCAACCAGAAAAGUGUGCUGGGGCGGAAUUUCAAGAUGGAUCGGGUGAGGAGAGAAAGAGGCCGGGCUAAGAGGAGGGCAGAGUGGGCACUCAAGCCUGGCACCUGUGCAGCAAGGAGGGGGCACAUUGAGGCCUCUGGGCGUAGUCUGUGCCCACCCUGCAGCUUGGUGGCAGCUUACGAGAUGCCUGCUGACCCGGUUCUGUAGCCUGAUUGAGGGGCACAGCCUUUUCCCCAUCUUGGUGUCUGUAGCACAUAUGUUCUUAGUCUCAGCCAUGGAGGUCCCGAGUUCCUGGCUCUGCAGCCCCUCCAUUUAUCUUGGCAUCUUUGUUCAUACCCAGGGCCCUGCCGUUCUCCCUCCUGGGUGACGAGCCCCGGUGGGGCCAGCAUUGGAGUGUGCCCAGGCUUGCAUUCAGGCUAAGAUGGUUGGUGCUUGGGAGCUGCACUUCUGGGGACCCAGAUUCCCUGGCUGUCUUGGGCUCUUUCCAGACUGGCCCCAGCUCAGCUUGGGCUGAGUUGCUGCCAGGUCCUGGGAGGAGCCCUCCUAGUACUCACCCUUUUGUCCCACCUCUGCCACCUGUGCAGGGACUGUCAGGUGGGCUGUCCCCACCCGUGUAGCACCUCGGUGGGAGCUGGGUGCUGCUGGCUCUCGGUGUCCAUGAGGCCAUCUUGUUGGAGCCUGACAGUGCCUGGGGCCUCCUUCCUCAUGGGGCUCAUCUGUUCUCUUCUUCCUGUGUCAGGUGACCAGGCCUCUCUCUUGCCUGAUAGGAACUUCUGGGAACUUUUCCUUGUACCACUUUAUACUUGAUGAAAUUAGGAGAAGAAAUCGCUUUCUCCCUGGUCUUCCUGGGGUUCUUGACCUGAGUCCUCUGUGAAGCAGCUUGUCCAUGGCUCCACCGUAGUGCUCAGAUGCACACACUGCUCUCGCUGGUGCAAACCUGGCCGCCUGCUUUCCUCAUUUGCCACGUGUGGCAGGGAAGCUUUUGCUUAGACUCAUCCUGUUCUCCUUUGUCUUGGGAUCUUCCUUUUCUUGGGACUUUUUCUCUCCUAAGCCUCUUCUAGUUCACUUCAGCCCCUGGAUAUGUUUUUUCCUUUUUCUAGAGGCCAGAUCCUAAUACUUAAUGAGCGGCUUCUAACGACAUCAAUAUCAGUCAACUUUUUGAUUUAAAGCUGUGGUUUCAAAAUCUAGUUAUAGGCCAGGCGCGGUGUCUCACACCUGUAAUCUCAGCACUUUGGGAGGCCAAGGCGGGCGGAUCACUUGAGGUUAGGGGGUUUGAGACCAGCCUGGCCAACACGGAGAAACCCUGUCUCUACUAAAAAUAAAAAAAAAUUAGCCAGGUGUGGUGGCACACGCCUGUAAUCCCAGCUGCUUGGGAGGCUGAGGCACAAGAAUCUCUUGAACCCGGGAGGCAGAGGUUGCAGUGAGUGGAGGUUGUGCCAUUGCAUUCCAGCCUGGGCAACAGAGCGGGACUCUGUCUCAAAAAAAAAAUCUAGUUGUAUCAGAAGCACCUGGGGUGCUUAUUAAAAAUGGAGAAACAGACUUCUGUGUUCUACCCAGGAAAUUCUGGUUUGGCAUUUGGGAGCCACUGAUUUAAAAGACAUCCCUUAGUUGGUUUUUUGAGGGUAAAAUAAAAGAAUCACCAUCUUCCAUUCAAUCACUCACUGUGUGUUUGAAGCCAGCUGCUUCUCAAGCCCCGGGCCAGGAACUAGGGCACCAGUCCCAGCCUUCACCAAGUCUUUCAUGGUAGACAGGCCAAUACAACGCCCUCUGUGGACCACACAGUGCCAAGCAUGUGACAUGUCUUGGCUCGAGUAGGCCUUCCAACAAGCCUCUGAAGUAUGGGUCCUGUUACUCCCCCAUUUCACAGAUGGCGGGGGCUCAGAAGGUGAGCAGUUCACAGAACUUGGAAGUGGUAGAGCUGCGAAGCAGGAGGCAGACCUGGGUGUUCUGGCCCCAGAGCCUGCACACACUCCCCAGAAGCAGAGAGCUCAGGACAGAGGCGCUGACCUGGCUGCUGGGGCCAGGAAAUAGGAGGCAUCUGUGCAGACUUUGGGAAGAGGCAGGCUUUGAAUGGAGUUCUGGAAGAGGAAUAGUGGUUGGGCAGGAAAAUGAACUUGGUCCUGCUCCUGGGUCUGCUGGGGCUUGCUGGGCCUGUUUGAGUCCUCACCGAGACCUACACUGAAAAAAAAAGCAGGGUCUCACCAUGUGCGUGACGGCGGAGGUCAGGGCCUCACUUCUGGUCCAGGGCUUUCCGUGGCCCAUGCUGCGCCCAGCGGGACAGGCCUCGGGACUGUGUGUGCUGCUGCUCAGGUGGCUCUCGAGUGGCAGGGGCGGCCUGGAGCCCCAUGGGUAAGGAUUCUGCAGACAUUGCUGGGUGUGCACGUCACCUCGAGGGGCCAUGGUGAAGAAGAGGGCUGUCACCACAGCCAUGUCUGUGUUUGAGGGGCCGGACUCAGGAGCAAGUGUGUUGGUCUCUUCAGUGUGAGCUGGGGCCAGCUUCUUUAUGGUGCAGCGCUUUGGUCUUUCUGUCCUUAGACUAGUGGUUCUGGUAGGGCUUGGUGGCAGCCUGGUGGUGAGGACUCAGUGAGUUGAUGUCUGUAUGUUGAUUGCAGCAGUGUCUGGCACCCAAGAGGCCCUAGGGAUGUAUUCCUCUUGUUCUUUUUCUCCCACAGCGCCUGGCACAGCCUCUGUGACACGCAGUGCAACAGUGAAUAGAAGUUUUGAGUUUUAGAAAGUGCUCCCCUAUCUUCAGUGCACACUCUGGGAUGGAAGUAGCUGUUGGGGUCUGGUGGGUGGGUGACCUGGUGUGUUGUCGGCUGCAGCUAUGCCCCUGCCUUCCAGGACCUGCCCUCAUUCACCCAGAAUGUGCACAGGCUGGUCAACGACCUGCGCUACUACAGACUCUGCAACGACAGCCUGCCCCCUGGCACUGUGAAGCUCUAGGCCUGCUACUGCCUGGGGACACAGACUUCUGCUGCUGCCACCUGCGCCAACCCUACCUUCCACCACAGAUGUCUCCUAGACGGGCCUCGGUCACACUCCUUGGCUUCUCCCACCGCAAGCAACGCUGCCUGCCUCUGCCGCUCCUCCACAUCUUGCCGCUGCCCAGCAGAGCUGGCUUCUGGGUCCACCUGAGCACUGGAUGGUGCUCCCAGGGCGUUGGAGCAGGCGGAGGGGUGUGUGGCCAGGUACUAGGAGGCACCGGGAAAUCCCGCGGGGUGGCCCAUGCAGACCAGGCGCAUGUGGGUCAUGGGGCAGAAUCGCCAAGGACAGCUCACGACAGUGCCACCUUCUCACCAUUCCAGCCAAGGAGAGAUGUGACGUCGGAACUGCUCUGGCACUUCUGUCAAGCCUCCCCCGCCCCAAUUGCCUUGAGAUCUCUGCUCUUUGUCAGAGAUUUGCAAAGACUCACAUUUUUUGUUGUUUUCUCAUCAUUCCAUUGUGAUACUAAGAAACUAAGAAGCUUAAUGAAAAGAAAUAAAAUGCCUAUGUUGUUGUUCUAGAAA